GGAGUAGCAGAUACAAUGACUGGUGCAUUUUCCAGUCUCUCUGGUCACAGCUUUUGCUGUGAUGUGCUCCACUGCUCCCUCCGACACCCAGAACUGCCAGAAAACUGGACUGACACCAGGGAGACCCUGCUGGAGGGGAUGCUUUUCAACCUAAAGUACAUGGGCAUGACACUGGUGGAAGAGCCCAAAGGAGAAGACCUCUCAGCUGCUGCUGUCAAGAGAAUAGUAGCAACGGCUAAAGCAAGUGGAAAGAAACUACGGAAAGUGACGCUGAAGGUGUCUCCUCGAGGGAUCAUCUUGCAUGAUAGCGGAACGAAUGAACUGAUCGAAAACGUCUCGAUAUACAGGAUAUCAUACUGCACAGCGGACAAGAUCCACGAUAAAGUGUUCGCCUACAUUGCUCAGAAUCAGCAUAAUGAGAACCUGGAGUGUCACGCCUUCCUCUGCACCAAGCGGAAAAUGGCUCAGGCUGUUACCCUAACAGUAGCUCAAGCAUUCAAAGUAGCAUUUGAAUUGUGGCAAGCAUCCAAGGAAGAGAAAGAGAAGCGGGAAAAGUCCAUCUUGGACGGAGAAGGCACAAGCAGCCCAAACGCGGAAGGUCCCGCCGGCCCUAAAGGAUCGGUUGCCACAGGGAACUUGUUGGAUUUAGAAGACACUGGCAAAUCUCCCCUGACUGUCAACACAAACUCUGCACGCUUUGAGAACAGCCUGUUUGGACCAAGCCCCUCUGUCAACAACAAUGUUGUCUGGGAAAUGGACGACGGUCUCGACGAGGCAUUUUCCAGACUUGCUCAGUCUAGAACUAACCCGCAUGUCCUGGACACUGGCCUGACUCCUCAGGAUAUCCAGAGUGCAGAAACCCUUUCGCCUGUGGACUGGAACAAAAUAGAUUUGAAUGCGGCAGACAAAGACGACCUCUUUGGAUUCUGAGGACAUCCUCCAGCUAACAGCUUGCAGUAGAAUCACCACUAAAAAUCCCUGGACUGAGCGCACAUCUCUUGAUGCCCUUGAGGGGCUGCUUGUAGUGGAUGUUCACCAUGAUACUAAUGCUGUUAUGGCACCAACAACUGUUUAGACCAAAGCCGUAGACACCUAGUGCAUUUUUUUUACCUUGCUUUUUUUUCUAAACCACGAAAAGCUCUUGAAUAUAUUUAUUCAAUAACCUUGCAAUUUAUGUGCAUUAUGGGAAUUUCAGAGAGCAUCUGCCUAGGUCACAUGCACAGUAUUAGAUUGUAAUAUGCCAGGGGAAGAGCCUUCAGCAGUGCCUGCUCUCUUCUGAAAAGGACAACGUGACACCAAAGCCUCUGCAUACGUGUGCGUGUGUACAUUUUCGAGACAAACCUCUGCGUAUGUAUGCACAGUUGUAAGCACAAUUGUAACUAAUCUAUUGCUUCCUAAACAGCUCUACUUCUGCAGCUGUCUCCUGCACUUCACCUUCUUAAUAUACUGGGAGGAAGAGAAACACAGCAGCUGCUGGCAGUAUUAAAAUCAAAGAGGAAACAGGUUUUGCUUUCUGUGCAACUGUCCAUGGUAAAGCCCCAUAGUUGCCAGCCAUCAGUGAGCUGUUUGGCUCUCCUUUUGCCAGCUUCAGACUGCAGUUGCCUUGCUCGCUCAAAGACCUGGAGCUUUGGAUUUUUGAAGCUGGAGCUGGAAGCAUGAUCCAAAACAGGCUGGGUGUCUGUCACUGCUCUUCUUCCCGUAAGUUGGUGAUCCAAAAAACUCAGCCAUGCUGCAGGUUUGUCACAAAACUGACCUCUUGCACUUAUAACGUUCACUGUGACUCUCAGUACAAGGAUUUGAUCACACUGAUGACCUUAAUAGCCAAAAAGCUCCCUAAAAGCAACUUGGCUUCUGUUAAACCAGCAGGUUGGACGAAUCCAAUAGCUUAACAAGUCUAGCGCUUAAAUGCUUCUGGCUGCCUUCAUCUGGUCUCGAUACCAGUAUCUCUAGUCGAGCCUCUCAGGAAGUAGACUGCUGAAUUGGAUUAGCCAAAACCAGUAUUUACCUGGAAGUCCUAUACGUGAAAAACAACAAAAAACUGAAAUGCUAUUUUAAUACUUCUUCCUUCAACACUUGCUUCUCCUAUGAAGCUGAAGGAUCUUUGUUUUCAUACACUUCUGAACUGGAAAAUAAGUUAUGGAGGUAUAAAGAUUAUGCUAAUUAAAAGAUUAAGCUUAAUGAUCCUAAAUGGUUACCCGGCCACAGUUUGUGGCGUUUGUGGCCUUGUGUGAAAUAUACUAAUCUGUUUUAUAGAUUUGUAACUUGUUUCUGAAACACUAAUUCAUUCCCCAGGCAGCCUCUUCUAACAGUCUCUCCUUAAAAUUACGUACAAAGUAAAAAGCAUCUCUGUCAGUGCAGAGAAUUUAUUAGGAAACAGUUGAAUGAUUCUGAGUUGGUCAAUGCAUUUCUAAAGGUUAUUGUGAUAAGGUACGAGGGAGUUCUGCAGCUGACUCAUCAUGCCUGCUGUAAAGUCUGUGCAUCCUGCAAAAGUGUGUUAAGGCACCUUUAUAUCUUCAAGCUGCUCUGCCCAUGAGUUGUUGGGUCUCUGUCAUUAGUCUCUUGCAAGUGGAUGAAUUAGUCAACACAGCUGCCUUAGGUUUUGUAUAUCUAGUCUAUUCCUGUUGUAAAAGCAGCACCCAAGCUAUGCAAAAGUAACUGUAGCAAACACCCUUUUCUGACUCCUUGGGGAGUUGUGAUCUUUCUAAGAGAAUUUUGUUGCAGCAAUGGACCAGGAGGAUUCAUCUGUACAGGAAUCUCUCCUCUUUUUCUAGAGAUCCUAAGAGUGUAUACUUACAUGCACAAUGGUAUGUCUGUAUGUACAUAGUUUAAAAAGCCUAUGCUGUAAAAAUUAUCUACGAGAAAAUAAAAGUUUUACCUUUUUUUUUGGAA